CGGCGGGGAGGAGCACCGAGGGACCCGGGCCGGAGCGACCGGAGGAGAUGUAGCUGCCAGCAGGAUGCCUGCGAACCGCGUCUCCCGUGUGCUGCUGUGGGUGGGGGUCUGCGCGCUCUGGGAGGCGGUGUGGGCCAAGUCCGUGGCGGAUCAGGGCGCUUUCGAGGUUCAAAUUAAAGUCCAGGUGUUCGACAACAGCGAUCUGUCUCCGCUGGCGGACGCCCAGGUGGACGUUCACGGGAACCAGACCGUGCUGGCGUCCAGCCGGGCCGGCGGCGAUGGCGUGGUGAGAGUGAGCUUCUCAUACCGCGCCGGGACCUGGGUGAUCAUCACAGCGUCCAAACAGGACUACGUCACCAACUCGGUGCCCUGGCACUCCAGCCGCAUCCCGCUGUACGCCUCUGUCAGCCUGUAUCUGCUGGUCCAGAGGCCCGGAACUCUGAUUCUCUACGAUGACGUUCUCCAGGUGCUGUCGGGUUCUCCAGGAGCUCGUAACCAGCCGCUGGUGCAGCUGCAGAGGAAGUCCAUCCAGCUGCCGCCCAACUCCAACUACACGGCCCUGUCGGCGGCGCUGACCACGGCCCGCAGUCAGUACGAGAUCGGGGGCUUCCCGUUCCUGCUGGGCCAGGAGACCAACAGCUCAGGUGCAGAGACAGGAUGGACCGACCUGACGGCGCUGGCGGUGGUCAGCGUCCAGCUUCUCGACAGAGACGGCGGCCCGGUCCAGGUCUCGGACCCGAUCCACAUCUCGGUGCCGCUGCCGUCAGACACCCGGAACAGGGUGGCCACGAGCGUCCCCGCCUGGCUGUAUCAGCCCAGGACGGGACUUUGGGUUCGCAGCGGGACGGGAUACAUCAAGAAGGACGGUUCUCAGUUUGUGUGGAACGUGGUGGUUCCUCAGAUGGGGUACUGGCUGGCUGCCUUUCCGUCCUCUUCAGGUUUCGGUCUCUCUCAUCCAGGCCUGAGGGACAUCACCACCUACCACACCCUGUUCCUGCUCUCCAUCCUGGGCUCGCUGGCCCUGCUGGUGCUCAUCCUGCUCUGCGUGCUGCUCUACUACUGCAGGCGGAAGUGUCUGAAACCUCGUCGACAGCAAGGCAAACCCCACAUGUCCAAUCUGAACGGCGCCAAAAGAGACCAGGGCACGUCCACUUCACGCCUCAACCUCAUCUGCGGAGGCCACGUGGAAUCUGGACCCUCCAACGACAAAUCUGAAAUGUCCCCUUCGCGAGAUUACCAGAAUUCGAAGGAGGACUUAACCAAGCACGUUCCUGCUCACAUGCUGCGACACUCGAAGGGGAAAAAUGCUUCGGGCUCUCAAAGAGGCGAAAGUUUUCCCAUGAAGGUUACGAGAGCCACGGAAACCAACAAUCUGGACAACCCACUGCUGCAUGACGACUACAGCCGGAGCUACAGCCCCAAAGACGGAAAGGAGUCCGACUACCACAGGCACCACAACGCCAACGACAAUCGAGGGUACUCCUCCGACCCCCCGUCCCCCCCUCGUUUCCAGGGCUACGUGCCCAACCAGUCCGACAAACCUCCGGAGUACUCUGCGGCGGCGGCCGACAGCCUGGCGCGACCCACCUCCCUGAACACCCAGCCGGGACAGAUCAUCUUCUGCAGCUCCAUCGACCAGAUGAAGGAGAACAUGUACCGGAGCAUGGUGCCAACCCUGGUCAUCCCCGCCCACUACAUGCGCCUGCCGUCGGAGUUCUCCGGGAAAGACGGCAAAGACCCCAAGGAGCAAGACAAGGACGGCGCUCAGAUGGGAGGAGGCUCGCAGCACCAUCACCACCACUCCCAGAAGCAAGGUCAGCAGCAGCAGCAGCAGCAAGGCGGUUCCCAGGGCGAUGACUCCGAGGAGCCCAGCUGGGCGUCGGACUCCUCCGGCGGGCCGGUCACCAUCCCGGUGCUCUUCAACGACUCCACCAUGGCCCAGAUGAACGGAGAGCUGCAGGCUCUGACCGAGAAGAAGCUUCUGGAGCUGGGCGUUAAACAGCACCCGCGGGCCUGGUUCAUCUCCCUGGACGGACGCGCCAACGCCCACGUGCGACACUCCUACAUCGACGUUGGGAACGACCUGAGUGGCGGUGGCGGAGGAGGAUUUGGAGGAUUUGGAGUCGGUUCCAGUAGCAUUCCGCGGGAUGUCAACCUCGAGCCACCCCUGGAAGCACAAGAGCGGAAAUCAGGUGUCAGCCGGAAGGGAAAAGACGAGCGCUGGGGUACGGGAGGGCGGAAGAGCCACGGGGUCGGCAACAGCGGCGGGAAGAGUUACUCCAAGCUGGCCUACCCGGACCACAGCGAGCCCAGCAGCAGCGAGGGACGCCCGGUCUCGCCGGAGGAGAACUCCCUCACUCCGCUGCUGGACGAAGGCCCGUCCUCUCGAGGAUCCACCAUCCCGAGGAGGGGACGCAGUCGAGUGAACAGCAGCCGCAGCAGCAACAGCGAGAACCGCCGCGACUCCAUGACCAGUCCCGAGGACGACCCCGACGACAAAGACGAGAACAAGAAGAGUCCGUGGCAGAAGAUCGAAGACAGGCCGCUCAUGGUCUUCCACCCCAGGAAGUGAUCUUUGCGAAUUUACACUGGACCUUUUAACCACCCUUUCCGAAGGGAGAGUGUCCUUCACCGACAGAGACCGCACGAAGCACAACCACUGCUCCACCGCGCCGUUUCAAGGUUGUUGUUUGAUCAGAUCUUCUCACCGUCUCACCGUUGGUCGGUUCUGCUCGGUUGAUCUAUUGUAGACCUAAAACUUGUCCACUUUCUUGUGAAUCCCAUCACCUGUUACGUCACUGAACCAUCGUCUGAGCCAUUGCAUAUACUGACUGUGGAAAUAGCCAUUUUAUAGAGCAAAGUAUAAGAAUAGAGCACUUACUAGCAAUUUGAUAACCGAUCGGUUGAUACGUCAGUAUUUGGAAGUAGGUUCCAUUUUUUUAAAGAGUUCGAUGGGAUUGAUUGUGCACAAAGUCUCUCACUGAUGGUAGCAGAUGUUGAGCUUGUGCUUUCUUGUCUGCUUCCCUGUUAUUAUCUUGACAGGAAGCAGUUUCCCAAAGCCUGAACGUGUGGGGAUUGUACCAGUUCUACUGUUUUUUUCUUCUCGUGCCCCUGUGAGUGGAUGACGCAAAGACCAUUAAGUCCAACUUGUAUUUUGCUCCUUCAGGGAUGUACUUGAUUUCCUACCUGUACCGUGUUCUAUGUGUUGUAAUGACUUAUUCCAGUAGUAAUGAUUUGAGAUCCAUUUCAUCCUUUAUGUCGUCGACUUCUUGCGGUGGUCACCUGAACAAUUCUGCCAAAAGUUUUUUGCAUAUCUGCCUUUCUCCUCUUGUUGAGAUGUUUUUGGCCAGCAGAGACUUCUUUGCGAUUAUCGUUGUGUAAAUAGAUCCCAGGCAUUUGGAAUAGAAAGGUUGCAUGCAUAUGAAUGUAUGAACUGACCAGACAGGCACCUCCCCCCACAGCUGGGCGACCACUCGACCCCCCAGUGGCCCAGAGAAAAAGGGUGAGUCUGAACAGAAACACCACUGUACUUGAAGACUUAAAGGACCUUCCGCUUAUCUCCCAACUCAGAAUUCAGAGUUGUUCUUGGGAUUAGGGAUUUUUAAAAGCCCUGCCCCCUUUCUAAUUUGGAGCAAGAACAUCAAAGACUUGUUACUAAAAUCAAUGUUUUAUUCUUUUUAUGUAGAAUUUAGGAGUAUUUUAAUAACUUCCUACAUACAGCUGUGGGUAUGAAGCGGUCUGUUAGAAGAUUAACAGAUAUUAGAAUUGAUUAUUUCAAGUUCUAAACUGGGAAUUCCCAACUCAGUUUAGGAUUCCAGUUGAUCACAACAUUGAAAAUCUGAAACAGACGCUUGUAGCUUUGAACCCACACUGCUUAAAAUAACAUGUUUCAAUGUCUGCAGCCCCUAAAGGGGUAGUUUCAGCCUCAAUUUCCAUCCCGAAUCCCCCCAAAACGACUGGGAAUUCCCGAGUUCCGAGAUAACUGGAACGCACCACCACCCACCUGAUAUCCUCCCGAGAUCACCAGGGCCUGCACCACUUCUCUCCUGCAAGUGCCUUCUUUCACACUUAGGACGGAGCGAUCGGCUCGCCGGUCGCUCUCGGAGCCGAAGUCCGCUGUCCAGACCGGCAGGCACUGAUAAGCACACUGCAUCGUGGGUAACAGCAACACGCGUCACUCUGGGGAGCAUGCCUGACUAAUAUCACUACUUUCCUUGCGGCUCUUUCGUCCUUGGAUUUUCUCCAUUUCUUCUAUCUAUCCUCUUUUUCACCAAACUUGUAAAUGCUACAAUGAAUUAUAUGAGAUUUUAUGUGUAUACGAUGUGCAUGUGACAUGUAGAUUAGGGUGUUUUUAAUGAGAACCUUUUUGCUUUUUGGGUUUUUUUUGUUUGUUUUUUUUUGGAAUUGAUAAUGACAAUGUCCUUUUGGCACAAAAUGUGACUCACACUUGCAUCAGACUUGUGCUGCCAAACGAACUUGGGUGAUACAAAGAUACAUGGACUUUUUUUUCCCACAAUCCAGCUGUAAGAAAAAAAUUCACUUCCGGUCGUAAAUGUUUACAAUGACGACAUUCUGACCAACACGCUCCCCGCCGCCAUGAGCAUCGCCACUGCCUACCGACACAUCAGCAGCUCUCCGCUGGGAGCGCUGUCACCGCCUGAUCCGGAGCGCCGCCGAGACGCCGUUAGCAUGGCCCUGAUUGGGGUUGGGGUUAGGCUGAUAUGACUGUUUAAUCAAUACUACUGAUUGGUGUUUGAAAUGAGAAAACGUGCCCUGCUGUAACCAGAAGUUUGUGACGUUCUCAUGUUGUGAUGAUUUUAUGUAGAAAGACACAUUUUCUUGAUGCAGUUGGCACUUUAGUAAGGAGUCUGUUUGGUAUCUAUAGUCACAGUGAGGGUUGAAAAGGGUUUUACUGCCGAUCAGGAAAAUGUGUCAUUGAUUCUGAAACAAAGACGAAAACGCACCAAGACUGAUGACGAUUCCAGUCCUAUACUGAAAUAUUAACACUGAGCUAAUGUUUAGCUAAUGCUAAGUUAUAAAAAUGAACUUUAAAGGGCACAUCUGCAAAAGUGGUAAAAGAAAUAUAAUGAAAUGGUGAUGAAAACGUUUGGAAGUCAGGGAGUACAGACAUUCUUAAUGUGAAAGUUGACUCUGUUUUUCUGAAGAAUGAAGACCGAUCGAUCCAGUGGUGACAGACUCACAGCUGAGAGAACUUCAAGCCGUUUUGUUGUAUAAAAGUCGCUCGGUCACCGUUCACCUGCUGACCAUGAAACUCGAGUCCGUCGCCUCCAGGAGAGCCGGUCGGCCGUGAAACGGUCCCAAACCGCCUGUUGUGAAUUCCUCGUGGCUUUCCCGCUUUGUUUCCGCUCCUCUUUCUUCUGGGUAGAUUUUGUGAACUCGUGUUUUCGGGACCGUUCGGGGCCGACGGCUCUCUGGGAGGACACUUUGAAGACUUCAUCCCACGCCAGUCAGACAUCCACUUCAUCAACCCGCUCAGUCGGUUGGAAACUGUAAAUGGGUUUUUUCUGUACAUGAGACGAAAUAGAAAUAAAUCUGUUCCCACGUUC